GGAUUGUUAGAGCAUAAAAAGUGCCGCCUUUUGACCGUUGUCUUGUUGCCCUUCGAUGAAUCGUAAUAGUCAGUUGGCCGGCAUUCUAGUCUAUUUCCUGCUCAUAUAAAUGUCCAUGUAGCUAUGAAUGAACGUUUAUAGUGAAUUGCGAUUUAUUUGGAGAACGUAUCUCCAGUGGUGCACUCGUAUUUCGAGAUGCACCUGCGUGCAUUCUACGUGUUUAUGUUCGUCAUCUUUAUGGCUGGCGACGCUAGAAGUGAUGGUAAUACGAAUUGGUACACCAGUCUACACACUGUGCUUAAGAAUUGUCCAUUGGAAUCUUGGAACAAUUCUAGACAAGAUGAAUUUUUAGAAACGUUUAGGAAAUGUGUGCAGGAACAUGUAUUAAUUGCUUUAGAUGCUCUUUUGGCUGAUGAUAUUAUACCAGUAUUUGAGGGACUAGUUUUAGUAAGAUAUCAAAAAGAUAGAAUGAAUUCUACAAAUGAUAAAGAAAGUAAUUUAGAUGAUAAUACUAAUUGGACAGCCAUUAUUAUGAAAAGACUUUUACGGAUUUUACAUACCCACGUGUUUAAAAUCGAUGUGGACCGUUUUACUAAUAAUAUUCUUUCUUUUAUUAAUAAUUCAAAAACCACUGUAGAUAAUUAUAAGUUCGAAGGCCGUAGACGACGUCACCGUCGCAGACAUAACCACAUGGUGCCACUUAUGAUGAUGGGUUUUCUGCUGAUGGGUUCGAUCUUAAUACCUAUGGGUUUUCAAUUCCUUGCAGUCCUUGGUGGUAAGGCAUUGCUUCUAGCCAAGAUGGCUUUGAUAUUAUCCAGUAUUCAGGGUCUGAAGAAAAUAGCUACGAAUGGUGUGAAUUAUGGACUGUAUCACACUCCUAUGGCAGAAGGGUGGCACGAUAGAAGUCAUAUAGAGCCUUCGCAUUUAGAUUUACCUUUCCCACCUCACAUUCGUCCUUAAAAUAUUAUAAUCGUCAUAUUAGGUAUUAUAAUAAUUAUUAUUCAAUUUCAUAUAUUUUAUUAAAUUUUUUAUUAAUUCUUUUGUUUGAUUGACGAAAUUGUAUCGAUCGUUGGACACAUUAAAUUCUUUUUAUGUA